AUGGCCGCGCUGGCCCGCGCCUCGCUCCUCCGAUCCGCCGUUCGACGGCUCCGGGCCUUCUCCGCGGCCGCCGCCGAGGGCGCCGCGCCCCGCCGCGACGCGAGGGCGGCCGAUGCCGCCACGGUGGCGGCCGCGCUGGCUGUCGGGUCGGGGCUGGGGAUCUGGCUGCUCCCCCCGUCGCCGCAGCCGCUCGCGGACUCGGGCCAGGGGGACUUCGCCGUGGCGGACGCGGGCUUUGGGGACGUGGGCGCCGCGGAGGAGCGCGAGGAGGAGAAGCGCAGGUUCCUCUUCCGCGACUCAUAUCGCAGAAGGGUGUUCUUCAACUAUGAGAAGCGCAUUCGGACGCGCAGCCCUCCUGAGAAGAUCUUUGAGUACUUUGCGUCCAUCCGAAACCCGGAGGGCGAAGUCUACAUGUUACCUGCCGACUUGAUGAGGGCUGUUGUUCCCGUUUUCCCUCCAUCCGAAUCUAAUAUUGUAAGGGAAGGAAGACUCAGAGGGGAGCGCAACCCUGGCGAGCUACAGUGCGCUCCUUCUGAGUUUUUCAUGCUGUUCGACACAAACGGCGAUGGGCUCAUAUCCUUUGCCGAGUAUAUCUUUUUUGUGACAUUGCUUAGCAUUCCUGAGUCGAGCUUCAAUAUAGCUUUCAAGAUGUUUGACCUUGACCACAAUGGGGAGAUAGAUAAAGAAGAGUUUAAGAAAGUAAUGGCUUUGAUGAGGUCCUAUAAUAGGCAAGGAGCUGCCCACAGGGAUGGGUUACGUAUUGGACUUAAGGUUGGUCAGCCAGUGGAAGAUGGUGGAUUGGUUGAGUACUUUUUUGGCAAGGAUGGCAGUGACCAUCUACACUAUGAAAAGUUCUCUGAUUUUUUGAAGCAAUUACAUGACGAGAUUGUUCGCUUGGAGUUCAGUCACUAUGAUGUAAAAUCAUCCAAGACAAUAUCUGCGAAGGACUUUGCAUUAUCCAUGGUUGCUUCUGCUGACAUGAAUCACAUAAACAAGCUACUUGACAGAGUUGACGAUUUUGAUGAAUCUCCUGAUGUCAAAGAUCUGCGCAUUACCUUUGAGGAGUUCAAGGCUUUUGCUGAUCUGCGGCGAAGAUUGGAACCAUUUGCAAUGGCUAUCUUCAGCUAUGGAAAAGUAAACGGUUUGUUGACAAAGCAGGAUCUGAAACGUGCUGCAACUCAUGUUUGUGGGGUGGACUUGACUGAUAAGGUGGUGGAUGUCAUUUUCCAUGUGUUUGAUGCAAACUGUGAUGGGAACCUAAGCUCAGAGGAGUUCUUGAGGGCACUACAAAGACGGGAAAGCAAUAUUCGGCAGCCCACCACUCCAGGUUUAAUGGGGGUAUUCUCCUGCUGGCUGAACUGUACGAAGUGUUCUUUUCAACAGAUGCUGCUUCAGUAG